AUGGAACAACAAGACUACAAUUUUUUGAAUAAAAAAGACAGCUAUGAAAUUUUCAGCUCUGAAACAAUUGCAUCUUAUAGUUCUUAUAAUGAAAAUAGUCAUUUAAUUGAAAAGAAAAUAGAUAAUCAAGAAUACCUUAAUAUAAAUUCAGUUUUUAAUAAAAUUUCUUCUAGUCUUAUAGCUAUGCUACAAGGAGUAGAAGUGUUAUGUAACUUUUCAAUUAUGUUUUUAUUUAAAGAUAACUAUAAAUUGGAUCCUGCAUCUUUAAAUAUAGUAAUGAGUUUAAUAAAAAUCCCAUGGUCAAUUAAACUUCUAUGGGCGAUAUUGUCAGAUAGUUAUCCUAUAUUUGGUUACAGAAGAAAAUAUUAUUUAUUAUUAGGAUCUCUUUCAUGUAUUAUAUCUUUAGUAAGCCUUGGACUAAUAAAUCACACAAAUAUAGGAUUAACUAUUGGUCUGUUAAUAAUAUUUUUUUUUGGAAGCUCCCUUUGUAAUGUUAUAGGAGAAGCUCAAGUAGUUGAAUCAAGUAGAAAGGGAUCUUUUAAUAACUCAGCCAAAAAUGUUUCAGCUUUUUUUGCUUUUAGAAAAUUUAGUUUUGCAGCAAUGUCAUACUUAUCUGGAUAUUUAUUAUCUUUUAUGAUUAAGCAGCAUAUAUUUAUAAUUGGAUCAUUUUUGCCUAUAUGCGUUUUUGUUUCCUCAUUUUUUAUAAUAGAAAAAAAAAAUUGCAAAAAAACAUGUAUGAAAGAGCAAGUAAAAUGUAUUUAUGAUAUAUUAAAAAUUCCUCAUAUUAAAAAUAUUAUUAUAUUUAUAUUUAUAAUGAUGUCAACACCAUCAUGUGGAAACACACUUUUUUUUUUUAUGACUAAUGAAUUAAAAUUUGGUGUACAAUUACUAGGUAAAAUGGAUAUGUUUCGAUCAAUAGCUAGUUUAAUUUCUAUAUUAUCAUAUAUGUUUUUUUUUAGUAAAAUGGAUAUAGGAAAGUUAUUAUUUUAUUCUACAAUUAUAAUAACACCAUUUUGUUUAUUACCAUUAAUAGUUGUAAAUAAAUUAAACAAUUUUUUUUAUAUCCCAAAUAGUGUAUUUAUUAUAACAGAUACAAUUUUAAUAGAAUUUAUUGGAGAAUUUCAAACUAUGCCAUUAUUAGUAUUGUGUUCACGUAUAAUACCGGAAGGACUGGAAUCAACUAUUUAUUCCCUUUUACUAUCAGCAAAUAAUUUAGCAUUGAUUAUAAGUUCUUUUUUUUCUUCAGUAUUAACAUAUAUACUAGGAAUAACGUCAACUAAUUUUAAAAACUUAUCAUUAAUGAUAAUUAUUUGUUCCCUUACAAAUUUAAUUCCUUUAUUUUUUAUGUAUAUUGUACCCACUUUUAAUAAUAGAGAUUUACAUAAAUAUAAUUAUCCUUGCGAAAAGAUAGAUUAUGAAACAACUGAUUUUGCAUCGUCCAGUUCUGAAAAAAAUGGAAAAAAUAACUUAUCAGAAAAAAUUCACAUUAAUGGAAUAAGUUUGGAAUAG